AUGUAAGUAACAUUCUUAUUAUAGGCUAUCAAAUAUAUAGAUAUCUAUGGAGUCCCUGUUGGAGUCAACUUUAAAAGUAAGGAAGUAUAUAAAACCAUUUUUGGUGCGUUUAUCUCUGCAGUCAUUUUCAUUCUUAUAAUGCUUUAAACCUACUACUCGGGAUAAGAAUUAAUAACUAGAAAUAAUCCCUAAGUCAUCACCAGUGAAUAAUAUGUCCGUAACCCUGAGAGAAUGGUUUUCGAUAACGUGCAGCAGGUAGUUAUGAUGGGUUUCAAUACUCCUUCUAGCUAGUACAUCAGUAAUUCAUCUAUAAUUUAAGUAUCUGCUACUUUAUCAACUGUAACGAAGGUUUUGAACUAAACCACUUAAUAAUAUGAUGCUGUGACUACAGCAAUUCCCCUAAGAAUAAGACCCUGCACUAUUAAUGACGUUAAAGUUGAAAAGCUUUAAGAUUUCUUUAGCAAACUUCCUCUCAGUAACUUGUUUUGUUUUGAUGAUAACUAGCAAAUCUAUGUAGAGGGUGAUUACUCUGGAGAUUUCUACUCCAGGGUUGAUGUUUCUUUUAAUUAAUGUGUUAAUUCUACUAAACCAGGGUCAGUUAUUUGCUAACCUCAAAAAUAAAUUGAUAAAGUAUUAUCCAAUGUUAGUUUUUUAGUUUAUAUGAUUGAUAAAAUAUUAGAUCCAAAUAAUUUUGAACAACCUUUUGAUUAUUAAGGAUUCAACAUAUAAGCACAAGCAACAAAUCAGCAAUCAUAAGCUUAUACUGCUUAUUUUGAGAAUUACUACAUAGAAUCAGAUGUAGGACUAAUACAAAAAAAUAUUAAGAAAACGAAAGACUUUAAAUUUGUUGGAACAGAUACAACAAUCAUUUAUAAUAAUCCUAGUCUUGUGAUAAAGUUUUCAAUGAGACCUUACAAAAAUAAGCAAUAACUAAUUUAAAGAUGGUACAUGAAGCUUACUGAUUUAAUUGUUUAAGUAGGUGGUGUGCUUAAGUUUCUUACUGUUGCUGGAUUUAUACUUUGCCACCCUUACGCAAAACUAAAUUUAACUAAAGAUGUUAUCAAUAGCGUUUUUGACUUUGAAGAAUAUAAAAAAGAUAACUUUACAACAAAAUAAAAUUUUGCUUCAGAUUAGAAAGAAAUAAAGCAUGGUGAAUAGGAGAGUUUUUAAUUAGAUUCAAUAAUAAUGAAAAAACUAUCAAAAGAGCAGAUUUAAAAUAUUCAAAAUUCUUUGAGUUUAUCACAAAAAACAAAUCCUCCAUCUCCAUCCAUAAUAAGGUAAAAAAAGUGUGAUUAAAUUGAACAAAAGUAAAAACUAAGAUUUAGGAAAAAAUCUAAUUAAAUGGAUUCCUCUUAACACAAUUAUAAUAAAUAGUUUAUUAAAUAAGAAAUUGGUGAUCAGUCCUAGCGAACUUAAUUGCUAGAGUAACCAAAUACUUAAAUUUCAAAAUCAUAAUAACAACUUUAUAAUUCUAUUUAGUAAACAUCGCCUUAAAAUUAAAUAGAUAUAAAAAAUAAAGAGGAAAUAGAAAAGUAAAAUGAUAACAAGAGCGAACAAGAAGAGAAUCUGUUUAAAACUAGAAUAAUAAAUAGAAUUUACAAAUUAAUAAACCCCUUGAAAUAAAAUUUUUAAUUGAAAAUGAAAGAUUAUUUAAGUUAUUUUUCAAACUGUUCUUAAAACAAAACUAAUUUGAUGGAUAAGGGUAUUAAAAAAAUCAACUAUCGCUUAGACAUUCAAAAUAUUCUUCAUUAACUCUAAGAGAUUGAAAAGCUCAAGAAAAUUGUACUUGAUGAAGAUUAAAUAAAGCUGUUUGAAAUUUUGCCAAGACCUGUUUUGAAAAAUAGUUAAAGUAAAAUAUAAACAGAUACUAAAAACUAGUUUUUUGAAACCAAGAAUCAAUCCGAAGAAGAAAAAGCAAAUGAGGUUUAUAAUAGUUUGUGUAACAUCUUAAAUAAGCAGAAAAAAUCCUAAAGAGAUUUACAGCUAAUUUAGCUUUUGGACAAUAAUAUGUAUUUGUCUCUUUAAAAAUAUGGUCUAUUAUGCAAUAGAAGCGAAGUUCCUCUCGAAAGCAAAUAUCUUGAUGCUGAUGAAGUUGUAGAAUGCCCCAACAUAUUAAACUAACUGUCAUCAUAAUUGAUUAAAUCUUCAUAUAAUAAUUAGCUUUAAUCUGAAUAAAAUUAAGAGACAAAUUCUUUUGCUGAUAAAUUUGAAAUUUAAGAAGAAGGAAUAAAAUCUGACUUUUACUUCAAGUUUUACCAAAGAUCUAAGAAAAAUUCAUUAAAUUUAUCUUGA